AUGUCGUUACAUAUGUUCCAAGUCAUGUAUCUGAAUUUUAUUAUUCUUUAUUUACUUUGCAUGGUCCAGGCACGAGCUUUAAAUGAAUAUAAAUUAACAGCCGUUUCCUCUGUGGUAACACAUGACAAGGACGGAAUUAGGAUUGAUAGAUUUAAAACAGGAAAUGAAAAGAGGAACCCAAGCGAUUUCAAUUUAAAGUCUCUUUCAAAAUGGUCUUCUUACAGUGGAAUGAAUCGAAAUUCAUAUCAUUAUUUAAAAAACACAAAUUUACAAAAUAUUUCAGAUUUUAACAGAGAAUUUGAAAGACAAACGUCAAAACUAACGCCUACAAUUCACAGAAUUAUUUCAGCAAGAAAGAAUUUGAUGACUUUGAGUGAUUUGAAAUUAUCAAAAAAUAUUCAUAAUUUCACAGUUAAUGAAAAGUCAUCCAUAUCCCUGAACAGAUCCGGCAGACAUCUUCAAGCGUUAACCGAGGUAGACAGCAAUUCAAGCAUUGUCAAUAUAUCUUUUGCAAAUCUAGAGAUGAAACAUCAACUGCUUGUUUUACCAAAACCCAGCUUCGAGUCACAUUCAGGUAACAAUUCGACUAAAUUUCUGACAAUGAUUGCUUCUAAUAAAGAUAUUAACACUGAACAGGAACUAGAAAAAGACAGUGACAAUGAUCAAGUAACCACGCAAGAUAUUUGGAUGCUUUCCUACACCGACAAUGAUUCUGUUGCUGAUGGGAAUACCACUGAAUGCACCAAUAAUUCAGCCUGCGGUCAACGUUUGGACCAUGCUCCUAUAUUCCAUACCCACACUUUAGUCAAGGGCAUAGUUCUCUUGAACUUGGGCAUACUGGCAUGCGUAGGGAAUGUAGCAACCUUAACUUCUAUAUUAAGAAGAGGAAGGCAACAUUCGUCAACUGUCUACCUGUUGCUGGUACAUCUGUCAGUGUCGGAUCUUUUCGUCACAACUUUCUGUAUCAUUGGUGAGGGAUUCUGGACCCUGUCGGUCGAAUGGUAUGGUGGAGAUAUCCUCUGCAAAAUAUUCAAGUUUCUUCAAAUGUUUUCGCUUUACUUGUCAACAUUCGUCUUAGUGGUGAUAGGAUUCGAUAGACUAUGUGCAGUGAAGUUCCCUAUGAGACGCAUUAAAGCCAGAAUGCAAGUUCACAGAGCUGUGACUGGUGCUUGGGUACUCAGCGCCGUACUGUCUGCCCCACAGGCCGUCAUAUUCCGAGUGGCUAAAGGCCCUUUUAUCGAAGACUUCUACCAGUGUGUCACGUACGGAUUCUACACAGCAGCAUGGCAAGAGCAAGUCUAUACUUCAUUCAGUUUGCUCUUCAUGUUCUUGAUACCCCUCGGCAUCCUCAUCACGACUUAUUCCACCACAUUCGCCACCAUUGCGAGCAGGACACGAAUUUUUGGUGGACCUCUUGGCCCUCUGGACGAUGCCAGGUGCAAAAUGCUGAGAAAAGCCAAGAUCAAAUCACUUUGGAUCACUGUCGUCAUCGUCAGUACCUUCAUCAUCUGCUGGACUCCCUACUACAUCAGCAUGAUCAUCUCAGUAUUCUUAGAACCUGAUGAGCAACUUGGACAAACCCUACAUGACGUCAUUUUCUUCUUCGGCAGCUCGACAGCUGUGCUCAACCCUGUCAUCUACGGAGCGUUCCACCUGAGGAAACGAGGAAAGCCUGCCUCCAGUACUCAAAGUAGUUCGAAAUUCGAACCAUCAUUCGCUCUGUCCACCAUGAGAAAAGUUCGAUGUUCGAAUGGCAGAUAUACCCAUACAUCAUACAUUCGAGAUACAAGACGUUCGACUCAAGGAUCCAAUGCGGAAUUCUUUUGAAGAAAUUUUCUGGAUUGUUAAAUUUUCAUCAUAAUGAUUUGACUUUUUUAAAUUUUACGCCGUAUACACAUAAUGCUGGA